CUGGAGAGACCUCAGCAUCAGCGGAGCCAUGGGGCCAGGACACAGGGAGAACUUUCUGCUGUUCAGGGCCUUCCACCUCAGGAGCUGCUGCCAGGUAUGGGGCCAUGGGCCCAGCAGUCCCCUGCCUGGAAUAUAGCUGUGAUCAGUCUCUUAUAGGAAAGACAUGUUUCCAGUACCAUGAAUGUAUACAAGGAAAUCUAGAUAAUGGCUCAGGGAGGACAGAAUUACUGGAUGAUAUGGAAAGGCAGCUAGAAACCUUGAACCACUCAGCAUAGACAGGAGAAAGCAGAAGCCUUUAUCCGUGAUACUGAGUGAAAUUUGGCUUAGGCUACAUGUAGUUUGACAUUAUUUAAGCAAAAUUCUCUACUGAUCCGUUUCAGACCUUACUUUCUGAGGGCAGAGGUGAAAGUACCUGUCAAUAGCUAUUGUCACUAGUAGAAUGCCUGUAGACUCACUUGAGAACAAAUGGGAUGGGUAGGUAAACUUGUGGUUAUUUUAAAAGGAAACCUUUAAGGAAAUUAACAACUUCUACUCUUCUUAAUCUCAAAAAUCAAACCAAACAAACAACAGCAACAACAAAAAUCCAGCAGGGGGACUGGGUGCUAUAGCUCGUGGCUAUAAUCCCAGCCACUCUAGAGGUAGAGAUCUGGGAGGAUUAUGAAUCGAGACAAAAAAGUUAGUAAGACCCCCCCCAUCUCAACAAAUAAGCCAGGUGAGAUUCUGUACAUCUGUAAUCUUAGUUACUGGGGAAUGGGUUGGGGUGAGGGAGCUAGGAGUAUUGCAGUCUGAGGCAGGUGCAGGCAACAAAGCAUGAGACCCAAUCUGAAAAAUAACUAAGGUAUUAAAAAAAAUAAGGCUGGAUGGCUUCUGUGCCAUCUGGCCAGGGCCCACUGCUUUUUCUUUAGCAAUGUCUUUCCUUUUCUUUCAACACAGCUUUGGGGGGGCAAGGUGGAGACAUAGCUCAAAUGGUAAGUGCCUGCCUAGCAAGCUGGAGGCCCUGAGUUCAAACCCCAGUACUACAAAAAAAGUAAACAACAACAAAAACCACCAACAUGGGGGUGAGUGGAGGAGUAGGAAAUAGAGAAAACAGGUGGAGAGGACAGGAUUGUGAUAAGAACUUGGCUUGCUGAGACCCACUUGUGCUCUAAGGCCUAAAGAGAAGCCCUUUUUCCUGGGAAUGAGUUAUGCCUCUUUACCUUACUAAGGCAGCUGUUUCUGUUGGGGGAUAGGAUGGAUAGAUUUGAGGUGCAAGGUGUGACCCCGAAUCAUUGGAUUGGGCUUUUCAGUGUAAGAGUUGAGUGAUCAGGAAUGUUUACCUACCUUGAGCCAUCCCAGCCAUUAUCCCUGGGGACCCGAACCAAGAAGGAAGUGCAGUCUCCCGUCUACCUCUCAGUUCCUACCCAGCUCCAGUGACCUCAAAGCUCUGCCCUUCUUGGGGUCUGAGGCUGGUAUUAUCUGAGGAAAGAUUUGCUUUAAACUGGACUGUUACUACCUCCUGGUCUUCACACCCAUCUUGAGUGAGACUACAUCUAUUUACUUAGCACUCAAGAUGCCCUUCUACUGAAAGGGAAGGGGGUGAUUCUGCUAACCAGUAAGUGGAGAGGUACAAAUAUACAAUGCUGUCAUUCGCUCCUGUGAGCUUCAUUAAAUUUUAUGUGUCCCAAGCUCCCAAACUGCCUCCACGAGAAGGAGAACCUUCAGAGGAAGCGGGUCCACCUCUACCUGGACAGGAGUCAGCUGCAGAGGAAGAUGUAGAGAAAGAGGAGGAGAGUGGCACCCAGCUCUCCCAGAAAGCUAUGGAUAAAGGACAAGGUGCUCAGCAGUUGGAAGGGGAUAUGGCUUCUGGCACUGAGUCCCUCUUCAAGACACACAUGUGCCCAGAGUGCAAGCGCUGCUUUAAGAAGCGGACCCACCUGGUGGAGCACCUGCACCUCCACUUCCCAGACCCCAGCCUCCAGUGCCCCAACUGCCAGAAGUUCUUCACCAGCAAGAGCAAACUCAAGACCCAUCUGCUGCGGGAACUGGGUGAGAAGGCCCACCGCUGCCCACUGUGCCACUACAGUGCCGUGGAGAGGAAUGCUCUCAACCGCCACAUGGCCAGCAUGCAUGAAGAUAUUUCCAACUUCUACUCAGAUACCUAUGUCUGUCCUGUGUGCCGGGAGGAAUUCCGCCUCAGCCAGGCACUCAAGGAGCACCUCAAGAGCCACACAGCAGCAGCUGCAGCAGAGCCAUUGCCCCUCCACUGCUUUCAGGAGGGCUGCAGCUAUGCAGCCCCUGACCGCAAGGCCUUUGUAAAGCACCUGAAAGAGACCCAUGGGGUGCGGGCUGUGGAGUGCCGCCAUCACUCAUGUCCAAUGCUCUUUGCCACAGCUGAAGCCAUGGAGGCCCACCACAAGAGCCACUAUGCCUUCCACUGCCCCCACUGUGACUUUGCCUGCUCCAACAAGCACUUGUUCCGCAAACAUAAGAAACAAGGUCAUCCAGGCAGUGAAGAGCUGCAGUGCACCUUCUGCCCCUUUGCCACUUUCAACCCAGUGGCCUACCAGGACCAUGUAGGCAAGAUGCAUGCUCAUGAGAAGAUCCACCAGUGCCCUGAAUGCAACUUUGCCACUGCCCACAAGAGGGUGCUCAUCCGACACAUGCUGUUGCAUACUGGUGAGAAACCUCACAAGUGUGAGCUGUGUGACUUCACGUGCCGAGAUGUGAGCUACCUAUCCAAGCACAUGUUGACCCACUCCAACACCAAGGAUUAUAUGUGCACUGAAUGUGGCUAUGUCACCAAGUGGAAACACUACCUCAGCGUGCACAUGCGAAAACAUGCAGGGGACCUCAGAUACCAAUGCAACCAAUGCUCCUAUCGCUGUCAUCGGGCUGAUCAGCUGAGCAGCCACAAACUACGACACCAGGGCAAGUCCCUGAUGUGUGAGGUGUGUGCCUUUGCCUGCAAGCGGAAGUAUGAGCUCCAGAAACACAUGGCUUCCCAGCACCACCCUGGCACACCAGCCCCCCUCUACCCCUGCCGUUACUGCAGCUAUCAGAGCCGCCACAAGCAGGCCCUACUAAGCCAUGAGAACUGCAAGCACACCCGCCUCCGUGAGUUCCACUGUGCUCUCUGUGACUACCGCACCUUUAGCAACACUACACUCUUCUUCCACAAGCGUAAGGCCCAUGGCUAUGUGCCUGGAGACCAGGUUUGGCAGUUCCGGGAUGGCAGCCAAGAGGCAGAGGGGACCAGGCAGUGCCUGGCACCUCCACUAGACUCAGAGCCUUCAAACCAGCUGUCUUCCCAGCCUGAGGGACUAGGCCAUGAACAUGGGACUGUGGUGGACUCCAGCUUGGAACAGGCAUUGACAGAGUCAAGGGAUGUGGUCAGCACCAGGAGACAGGAUAGCAGUGAGGCUCCCCAUGAGGAUGACCUGAUAGGCAGCCCAGCAGAGGUUGAAGAGAGUGGCUGUACACUACAUUUAGAGGCCUUAGGAGUAGAGCUGGAACCUGUGGUUGAGCCACCCCUUGAGGAACUCACUGUACCAGCCCCUGUGGAGUUCAGAGCUCUGGAUCCUUCAGGACCACUGGGACUGGAAGGGCCAGAUGGACUGGAAGGGCCAGCGCUGCCCAGCUUUGAAGGUGUUGGGACUCCUGGCUUGGGUGCUGAAGAGGAGCCUAUUCUGGAGAAGGUAGUCCCUGAGCCCCCCGGAAAUCCUCCAUCUUCAGAAGAGGCCCCUAACAGUUGGGUGGGAACUUUCAAGGCAACUCCACCUGCUGAGAUAGCCCUCUCACCCCAGUUCCCUGAGUCAGAGUCAUUACUCAAGGCCCUGAGGAGGCAGGACAAAGAACAAGCAGAGGCAUUGGUGCUGGAGGGGCGGGUGCAGAUGGUAGUGAUCCAGGGGGAGGGGCAAGCCUUCCGCUGCCCACACUGCCCUUUUGUCACUCGCCGGGAGAAAGCCCUGAAUCUGCACUCCAGAUCAGGGUGCCAGGGCCGCCGAGAGCCCCUGCUGUGCCCUGAGUGUGGAGCUAGCUUUAAGCAACAACGAGGCCUCAGCACCCACCUGUUGAAGAAAUGCCCUGUUUUGCUCAGAAGGAACAAGGGCUUGCCCAGACCAGAUUCUCACACCCCUCUGCACCCUCAGCUCCCAUGUGCCCAGGCCUCAGAGGAUGCUGAAAGUGGGAAGCCUCCACCUGUACCAUCAGAGGCAGAGCCGCAGCUUCCAAAAGAUGUACCUUCUGGCUCCCCAGUCCUGCCUACAGGAAAUUCCUCACCUGCAGAGACCACUGAGAAGUUCCACUUUGAGCAGGGCAAGUUUCACUGCAACUCAUGCACAUUCCUUUGUUCUCGGCUCUCCUCUAUUACCUCUCAUGUGACUGAAGGCUGCCGAGGGGGACAUAGCAGGGGAGGAAAGCGAGGAUCCCCCCAGACUCAGCCUGUUGUGUCCCCCAUGAGCAAUGGAGACGUUGCUAUCCUGAAUAAUGGAAGUCCAGAGUCUGGCCUUAGUGAUGGGGAUAUAACCUUGGCUCAGAAGCAGAAGAGUGCCCUCUUCUCCUGCCCCACAUGUCCCUUCAGCUGCCAACAGGAACGGGCCCUGAGGACUCACCAGGCCCAGGGCUGCCCGCUUAGGGAGUCUGGAGAACUGCACUGUGGCCUCUGCCCUUUCAUUGCUCCUGCUGCUGCUGCCCUAAGGCUCCACCAGAAGCGGAGGCAUUCCACUGCAGCCCCUGCCCGCGGCCCCCGACCCCCUCUGCAGUGCACAGACUGUGGCUUCACCUGUAAGCAGAGCCGUUGUCUGCAGCAGCACCGGCGGCUCAAGCAUGAGGGGGUGAAGCCACAUCAGUGCCCUUUCUGUGACUUUUCUACCACUAGACGGUACCGGUUAGAGGCUCAUCAGUCCCGACACACAGGUGUAGGCCGCAUCCCUUGCAGUUCCUGCCCCCAGACAUUUGGUACCAACUCAAAACUGCGCUUGCACCGAUUACGGGUACAUGACAAAACACCCACCCACUUCUGUCCACUCUGUGACUACAGUGGCUAUCUUCGCCAUGACAUCACUCGCCACAUCAACAGUUGUCAUCAGGGCACCCCAUCCUUUUCUUGCUCCCAGUGUGAGGCCCAGUUCAGCUCAGAGACAGCACUUAAGCAGCAUGCUCUCCGCCGACACCCUGAGCCCAUACACCCUGCCCCUGGCUCUGCUGAGACCACCAGUGAGGGCCCUCUGCACUGCUCCCACUGUGGGCUGCUGUGCCCCAGCCCUGCUAGCCUGCGAGGACACACUCGUAAACAGCACCCACGGCUGGAGUGUGGGGCCUGCCAGGAGGCCUUCCCUAGCCGGCCAGCACUGGAUGAGCACCGCAGGCAGCAGCAUUUCAGCCACCGCUGCCAGCUCUGUGACUUUGCUGCUCGGGAGCGGGUGGGCCUUGUGAAACACUACUUGGAACAGCAUGAGGAGACCUCAGCAGCAGCCUCAGAUGGGGAUGGAGAUGCUGGCCAGCCCCCUCUGCACUGUCCUUUUUGUGACUUUGCAUGUCGCCAUCAGCUGGUGCUAGAUCACCAUGUGAAGGGGCACGGGGGCACCCGUCUGUACAAGUGUACUGACUGCGCUUACAGUACCAAGAACCGGCAGAAAAUCACCUGGCACAGCCGCAUCCACACUGGGGAAAAACCUUACCGCUGUCACCUCUGUCCUUACGCUUGUGCUGAUCCCUCUCGUCUUAAGUACCACAUGCGGAUCCACAAGGAGGAACGGAAGUACCUAUGCCCUGAGUGCGGCUACAAGUGCAAAUGGGUCAACCAGCUCAAGUACCACAUGACCAAGCAUACAGGUCUGAAGCCAUACCAGUGUCCCGAGUGUGAGUAUUGCACCAAUCGGGCUGAUGCAUUGCGUGUACACCGGGAGACACGGCAUCGAGACGCACGGGCUUUCAUGUGUGAACAGUGUGGCAAGGCCUUCAAGACACGCUUCCUGCUGCGCACCCACCUGCGCAAGCACAGUGAGGCCAAACCCUACGUGUGCAACGUGUGCCACCGUGCUUUCCGCUGGGCUGCAGGUCUGCGCCACCACGCCCUUACCCACACGGACCGCCACCCCUUCUUCUGCCGCCUCUGCAGCUACAAGGCCAAACAGAAGUUCCAGGUGGUCAAGCAUGUGCGCAGGCACCACCCUGACCAAGCUGACCCCAACCAGGGUGUGGGCAAAGAUCCCACCACCCCCACAGUGCACCUGCAUGAUGUGAAGCUGGAGAAUCCCAGCCCUCCCACUCCUGCUGCUCCCACCACAGGACCUGAGGGCUGAGCACCUACCACACCUUCCAGACAGGAAGAACAUGUGGUCCAAGAUGUGCCAAUUGGGACUGGGGCUAGCCUGAGGAGCUCAGGGGCUAGCCUAAGGGAGGACUGGCUUUUGGAUGUCAGUGUGACUGGAAUGCUCCCGGGGACUCUGGCCAUAGUUUUUUUUUAAUUAAUGGCUAUAUAAAAGAGAGACAUGGACAAAAACAUUGAUUUCUUCUUGAGGUGCACUGUGUUUUUAACCUGUGAAUGAAUUUCCAGUUUAUCAUCACUCCACCAGAGUCCCUGGCUAAGAUCUUGGUUUUAUCUACUCCAUCUUCUCUUUCCUUCUUACUGUAUCAAGUCCUAUUUUCUUUCAGCAUCUUCAAAACAGUUGUAUUUAACUGCAUGUGCUGUUGUGCCAAAUACUCUAUAAAGCAUGUUAAACAGAGAAUGAUUACCAGUUUAGAGACUUGUCCAGAUCCCUGUCUUAACAUAUCAAGACUCUGUCCAUUCUUAGACAUCUGCUCCUCCUUUGUCUCUUCCACUUUCACUCAGAGAUAGGUUUUGAAACAGACCAAGGUCUGCCUUCUCUCUGACCUUGAGCCUGUCCUGGCCCUUGCCUUGCUUCCUACUUCCAAACCCCCUGUCUGCUUGUAGAGGGAGGAUUGCCACCCACUGCAGCCUAGGAGCAGUUUUAAUCAUGUGUGCUCAGACUGGCUCAGCUACUGCACUAAAGAGUGAAAGCAGAGUUCUGUGAAAGGCAGAGGACUGGGGAAGUAAAUCUCCAAUUCAGAAUUCUUGCAAUAUAAUUCAUAGUGCGUCACUAUGUAAUUGAUCAUCUGAGGAAAUUAAAGAGGAUGCUAUUAAUAAUUAUGCAGUGACAACAUACAUGAACCAGGACUAUUUCAGGGUAACUCUUAAGGGCUGGACCACAUCAACCUUCGUUUGCUCUGCCCCUUAGAAGCCUCUCUUCUAUUUCCUUCUAAUACAGCACAUGUAUGAGGUCUGGUGAAACUUUGUCUACCAUUUGUGCCCCAUCUGAUUACCCAAAUAUCCCCCCAACUCUUCCCUUGUACCUCCCCUUUUUGCCCAACAAUGACAGACCAUACUGGAGCCAAAUUGAAGAGAAAAGCUCUAUUUACACCAGCUAAUGAGGAGCAGUCCAGUGGGGACUGAGGCUUAUGCAGUGUUCUCUGGAGAAUCAUAGUACAGUCCUGGUGUCAGGAAUCCUUCCCCAACCUUUGCCUGUGGUGCCUUGAGCCUUGAUUUAUCCUUCUUUUUGCUCUGGGUUUUGAGGAAGUUAGGGGUGAAGGAGAUAAUGCUUCUGUAGGUUUUUCUGCUCCAAGCCCCUCUGGGUUUUUAGUUGCAAUCUGCCUUCACACCAAAGUUGAUGGGAGAGAUUAGUAGAUCUGAGUAUGGGACUGAGCCUACAGCAAGAGGAAGGAGGGAACUCCAGUAUAGAGUACACAAAAGGAAAAGUCAGGAAAGAUACCAAAGGCUUGUG